AUCACUAACUUUUGACAAUUGGACAACCAGAAAAUUAAUUAAAAUAUUAAUAUUGCGUUUAAAUUGUCUUCAUAUAAUAAGAUAUCUUUUUGCAAUAUAUAAAAUAGAUUUUACCGUAAAAAAGUACUGAGAGAAAUCGAUUAAAAUCAUAAUUGGGACUGAUGUUACUGUCAUUAGGCAACGUAGAAAAAGCUUGAAACUUUUCUUUUGUGACGUUGUUUUUGGUUUGUUGAAAGGAAAAUUACCUUGCCACUUUUAUAGUCCAGCCACUUUCCAGCUGUCGUUGAAGAUGGAGGAGAAUGCUGAAAAUGAGAUAGCCUCUGGAAUAUCGGCACCUAAGCGCAGUCGUUCUAAUGACGAAUUGAAGGACAUUCCCUCUUCCAGCUGUAGCAGUGAUCCCCAAAGUCCAUGUGACAACAGAGAGAAUAAUGCUCUCAACAAUAACAACAACAACAUUAGUGAUAGUGGUAUGAGUCUUAAGAUGGAAGAAUCUUCCGAUAUGAUUAUGACUGUCGACAGCAACAUCAAUGGAACGGAUGGAACGAUAUCAACUGUUAGUAGUGGCUGUAUACCCCAAGAAGAAAGUAUGGAAAGCCUAGGCACUAAAGAAGACAAUACAAAUUCACUUGGGGAGGUUGAAACUCCUUGCUCUUCCAAUAUGAUUAAAAGUUUUAAGCGUAAUCGAUCUCGCAAUUAUCGUUCCGCUGAUCGGUCUUCUUCAGCUUCAUCUUCCCACUCGUUGAACGGGGAAGAAGCGGUUGCCCAGGAUACAGCAACGCAGGCAGCUCCAGCUAAAACUGAAGAAGUUCGUACAGAUGCCGAAGGUUUAUCUCCUUCGCAUGUUUUCCACUCCACUCCUGAAAGCAGAGACAGUAGCGUGAGCGUUGAUGUUGAAGUUCGAGAUAUAAGCAGUCCAAGUGAGAGUUCAGAGCUCAGCUCACCUGAUGGUGAUAGCGAUGAUGACGACGACACAGAUUUUUCGCCGAUAUUUGGUGAUAGACAAAGUCCCGACUACUUAUCUCCAGACUCAACGGACUCAGCCCGCAUAAAGGAGAAAGACGAAGAAGUUAACAAGCUGUUGAAUAAACCGAAACCUUCAUACACAUGGAAUGCUACUUAUGAGCUAAGGCGUCGUGAACACGGACUUAGUGGCGAUGGUAGAACAUCUCUACGCAAUGGUUUCACCUAUGGCUUCAACAAUCGUUUUUAUGCUUCGCGUCAUAUUGUGGAACGUAUGAAAUUAUCACAUGUCCUCAGAAAGCACAAUGGGUGUGUUAACUGUUUGAAUUUUAAUAAGAGUGGCGAUCUCCUUGUUACUGGGUCAGAUGAUGCUCGUCUCAUAAUCUGGGACUGGGCAGGAAAUAAGGUUAAACAUAUUUGGAAGUCUGGACAUAGCUCCAAUAUAUUCCAGUCAAAAUUUGUGCCAACGUCCGCUUGUCUUGAUAUUAUAUCAGCAGCACGAGACGGCCGUGUUAGACGUUCGAUAGUUCCAUCGGCAGGAGGCAAAGUGCUAUCCUCAAAUCUAUACAUACAUCAAGGUCCGAUUCACAAAUUGGUAAUCUGUCCCGAUAAUCCCUGGGAAAUCUUAAGUGUGGGCGAAGACGGUUACAUCUGCAGCAAAGAUUUGAGAGAAGAAAACAACAAAGUUAACAUGCUGCGAGUUAUGUCUACGAAAAAGAAAUCAAAAAUUGUACGCUUAUUUAGUAUUUCCCAUCACCCCUUUGCACCAGAAAUUUGUGUGAGCGGUAGUGAUAGCUUUGUCCGUGUCUACGAUAAAAGAUCCAUGAAGGAACCAGUCCAUACGAUGUGCCCCGAACAUAUUCAAGAAGCCUGCACCCCAAAUGUCACUUGUUGUGUCUACAAUAAUACCGGUAACGAGAUUUUGGCCUCAUAUAGCGAAGAGAAUAUUUACUUGUUUAACAAUAAGAACUAUGUAUCCGGAGAAUAUCUCCAUUGUUACAAGGGCCAUUAUAAUCAAAAGACCAUCAAAGGUGUGAAUUUCUUCGGUCCCAACUGUGAGUACAUUAUCAGCGGCAGUGAUUGUGGGAACAUAUUCUAUUGGGAUAAAAAUACCGAAGCCAUACUCAAUUUUAUGCCAGGCGAUACCGCGGGUGUGGUUAAUUGUUUGGAACCACAUCCAACUACCCCCAUACUUGCCACAUCAGGUCUUGAUCACCACAUCAAGAUAUGGACACCAAGUGCCGAAAAGCAUCCACCUGAUUUGACUAAAUUGACGCAAUGCGUUCGUCGCAAUUUGCGACGCACUGUCAUGGAUGAGGCCCUCGAAUUUGACAAUAGUCAAUUGCAAUAUUUCAUAAGGCAAAUCUUGUGCCGUCACCGAAAUCGUAAUAGGAAUCGCGCCAAUCGCGAUCCCAACCGCCAGGAUGGCAGUGAUGAUGACGAUGACGAGAGUGAUUCCUCAUCGCCCCUUGAUUUAGAGAGCGAAAAUGAUGACUCAGACGACGAGGUAUCCAAUUUGCGACGUCUCAACUGUGCUACUCAAUAGAUGUCGCUAUUGAAAGCUUAACUGAGCGGCGAGUAGGUGGUGACAUAUUAAAUACAUGAGACUGUAAUUUUUCUCAUUUUUAGUUACUAAGUCUGUAUGAAAUAGUAUGUAAAUGAUGUCAAGUUUUUAUGUUUCUUUGGUUGGCCCGGAGGAGACGGACCUUUAAGGCAACUUGAAACAUUGCAUCCAUAUUGUUUUUAGCAUAUUUUUAAAUAAUUUUAUUAAUAUUAUUGCAACAUUGCAUCUGUUUUGUUUUGUUUUGGUAUGAUUUUAAAUGAGAUUAAAGAAUUUCAAAUUUUA